AUGCAAGCACCAAAGAAAACACAGGGACGAGGACUUGCUGUCAAGUUUGUCGGGCAGCAGCGUGUGGGCUGGAGAAGAUUAUACCGCAGAGAUGGUGCAAGUAGAUCAAAAUUACCAUUCCCUAAAAAGAGAUGCAAUAGGUGCAUCUCAAGUAGCAAAGAAUCAGAAAUAAUGAUUCUCAACAAGGGUACAGUGUCAAAAUGGACCAACUAUAUUCAUGGAUGGCAGAACAGAUAUAUGGUGCUAAAAGAUGGCACCAUGAGCUACUACAGGAAUCCAGAUGAAACAGCGUUUGGUUGUCGAGGUUCCAUAAGUGUUCAGAAAGCUCAUGUAAAGCCCCAUGAGAUAGACGAGUGCCGGUUUGAUGUGUGCUUGAAUGACUGUGUAUGGUACUUGCGGACAAAUACUGAAGAAGAGAAGCAUCAGUGGGUAGAUGCGGUUGAACAGCACAAGUACUUGGAGAGUGAGGGUCUUCGGCGGCAUGGAAGCACCAUUUUCACUACAUCCAACACGUUCUCUACUACAUCUGGCUCUUCACUUAAGAAAUCAAAAGGUUAG